UUGUGUCGAAAUAUUUAAAUAUUUUAACUUUUCCAAUAUGGCUGGUAAUGAGGGUGGACAUGGUGCUAUUGUCAGAAAUAGAGAUUUAAUUGAUGUGUGGAUAGAAGCACCGAGAGGAAAUAGAAAACAGGUGGUUUAUGAAAAGAUAUUAUCUCUUAUUGAUAUAACAGAUGAACCUUCCAAACAUCUUAAAAGUAAUAUUAUGAAAUGCAGCCAGUUGUUUGGGUUGAAAAUGGCAAAUAAAUGGCAAAAAGUAGGACAAUCUCGGAAUCGACUUUUACAAAAUCAGGUAUAUUGGUUAAACAAGAUUAUACAGGUAUAUAGAAUAAAUAAUGAUUCUGAAUCUAGGGAUGAGGAACAAGAACCUCCUUGUCGCUCAGUUGGACGGCCACGGGUGCCAUUUGAAGAGGCAUCGAAGAAUACAAAACGAAGACGUGUAGCCGAACUAACUACAGACAGAUCUGCAAAUGAACUUCAAUUUGCUGUAAAUGUCGUUUCUGGAAGCAAUCACAGUGAGGUCUCGCCACAAAUUUUUAGUUUUAGUACAGCUGAAGCUUUAGCCCUUAUGGUAGAUUUGGAUAUAUCCAAAACAAAAAAUGCUAUCCUCCCUUCACAAUUUAUUAUUACUGAAAUUUCUGCAGAAGUUGGUUUGCAAGAACUUCUACAGAAAACAGCUGAAAGUAUCCUUGAAAUAAUAAAUUUUGAAGAGAGAGAUUGCCGGAUUAAAGUGAUAUGCAAGUGGGGAUUUGAUGGCAGUUCUGGGCAUAGCCAAUAUAAGCAGAAAUUUUCUGAUUUAGAGAACACCGACGAAUUUCUGUUUCUUGUAGCAAUGACGCCACUCAGACUGAUUGAUAUGGAAACGAAUAAGGUAUUGUGGAAAAAUGAGAGCCCUUCAUCUACUUUAUAUUGUAGGCCGAUCAAGUUUUUAUUUAAAAAGGAAAAUGCUGAUUUCGUGCGGAAUACGGAAAAGGAAAUAAUAACAAAAAUUGAAAAUUUGAUUCCUAUUGAGAUUAAAACAAAAGAAGGGCACUCUUAUAUAAUUGAAGUUGAUAUGAUGUUAACAAUGUUGGACGGCAGUGUUGGAAACGUUCUAUCAGAGACAAAUUUAACUAUGAAGUGCAUCAUUUGCGGAGACACACCCAAGGACAUGAACACGUUAGCAGGGAUUAACCGUCCUCCUAACGUUCGUGGGCCUGAAAACAAUGCUAUAGUCGAAGGAAACAAAAAACGAAUCCAAGCAGAGUUCAGAGCCAAGCUGUCUCUAAUAGUUGACAAACCAAAACCCGGGUAUGGCUCCUCAAAUGAUGGCAAUACGGCCAGAAUUUUUUUCCACAAUCCACAAACAAGUUCAGAUAUCACAGGGGUUGACAGGGAAUUAAUCGAGAAAUUUGCGAUCAUCUUAGGAGUGUGA